AUGGGGUCAGGCUUUGUGAAAGCUUUGCAAUCUGUUGUGCCGAGCAUCGCAGCAGGCAGCUCAUGGGCCCAACGCGACAUUGGACCCACGCUUCGACGAUUCUUCGGAGCUUACUUCAAUGGUGAUGUUUGGGCGGUGUACAGGCGAUACAAAAACAUCGAUGUGGACAACUCUGGAUGGAUCAGCUAUGAAGAGCUGGGUGAGAUUCUGUUUCUGCCAGAGUUCAACUUGCUGUUCAUCUUCGAUGCAUUCAGCCAGCAGAAUGCCUUGAUCGACGGUCGAGAGUUGCUGGUGAUGGUAUGCUUGUUCAGCUCUGCCAAGCUGUCGGAAAAAUGUGGCGUUUUCAUGACGCUCUUCGAUAGCUCGCACAGUGGAACAUGCACUGCUGCAGAAGUUGCAAACUUCGCUACUUUGUCUCUACAAGUUCUUGGUCGUUGUACUGGUGCAUGCGUCCGACUAAAGGACAUUGCAGCGGUUAUGCAAGAAGAACUUUCCGAUGUUCUGCCACAAUACCGUGAAGCCGCCAAUCGCCUUGGCGUCGAGGCUACCUUCAAAGAAGAGCGCAUCUUCGGCCAAGAUGAGAUUGAUGAGAUUUGUUCGACGUUCAGGCAUCUCUAUGAAGAGUUGCCUAUUGGACAGCAGCCGCCAGCAAAUUGCGUGGCUCCACCAGCCCCUGAUUGGCAACGCGCUGCCAUGGCCGGUGCAGCCUCGGAAAUGUCUCCCACGAAGAGGCCUCUGAACCGAACGCUGACGGAAGGGGAGCUUACCCACAUGGCGAUGCUCGGAGGCAGCGAGGAGGAUGGGGGACGGAUGCAAGCCGCGGAGGCCCUGAAGGAGAAGUCCCGUGCGCGCCAGCAAGAGCUUCAAGAGAAAGAGAUGGCCAAAGCAGCCAUCAAGCCUGCGAAAGGUUGGAUGAUAGUGCACGGAGCUGACUUCGUUAUCGUUUCAAAGGAAUUGGCAAGAUUCCGACAUUUGUUCGUCAAGUGCGUUGCGCAGGCGUUGGAAGUCCCAUCUGGAAUCCUGACGGUGAUAGAUAUCACACCUGGCAGCGUUGUGGUGGAGUUCCUCGUGCACCCAUCCGCCAGGGCUGGCGACAAUCGAAAUGCAACGCAGCUCCUCAUUGCAUUGGCGGAUCAGCUCAUCAACAGCACUAGCACGCUGCGACGUGGGCACUUCGGCGCUUAUGCUGCCAGUGCUGAACUCUUAGUCGGGGAAACUCGGAGAACUGCCGUGCAUCCGCUUUCAAUUACGGACGGCAUCAUAUGUUGUGAUCAGUCAGUUCAAUGCUGCAGUCCACAAGCCAUUCUCGAUGAAGUACUAGCACGGCUGGAAGUGGAGCAAAGACGUGCAGAAGCUGCAGAAGAGAAGUACAAGCAGGCGGUGAUUGAACUUCGACGGCGCGAUGAAUCUGUGAAAUCCCUCACCAAGCUUCUUGAUUUAGCCAAGCAGCAGGAGGAGGAGAAGCAAGAGGAAGAGCGAGACUCUGAAAUCAAGGAGUUCGACAAGCAGCUUCAACACUUGGAGGAGCUUGCCAAGCUCCGGGCUCUGGACAUCAAGGAGGAAUUGCGCGACCGGGAGGUCAUGGAGUUCAAGCAAGAGAUUCACGCUUUGGAGGAACAGCGACCAGCAGCUGCCCGCUGA